AUGUCAGAAAAGCGGUUGUAUGAGGAAAUCCGAUUCCUUAUCCUGGACGACGACGACGACAUACCUACACCUUUGGUGAUAAACAAAAGCGGUAAGACAGUCGUCUAUUGGGACGUGGCGGAUUACCCAGUUCCUAAGGAUGUUGAUGAUCUUAGUUCGCUUCAUAGGCGUAUAGAAUCGAUUCUUCUGGAAUUGGGCUGUCAGGAGGUAUCUGUUGUGGUUUACGUUUACAAGAAUAGGUUUUCGGAUGAAAUGGAACGUAAAUUUAUGGAUGCCAAAAUCUUUGUCGAUUUCUUACCCCAGGGGGAAGAUGACUUUGCGAGAAUGACUUGGAUAUUGGUGGACAUUAUUUGUUUGCCAGUGAUCUUGGAUGAUACGACGUCGCGUAGAACACUUUGUUCACUACGUUGUUGUUUCCUCCGCCGCUCAUUUUCUUCUCUCUCACGGUGGCUCCCUCCGGCUAGUUUAGAGAAGAGAAAGGAGAUAAAAGAGGCUGUUGAUCAUUUGGAAAUCAUGUAUUCUAAUGGUGUUGGUGUUCUCUUAUCCAAAACUGAACCUGAUUGGCUUGUUCCCAAUGAAAAUUCAGCCUUAGAACUGACAAGACUAUUUGAACAAUGUCUUCACUGUGAUAAGCCGCAUAAAGAGGGUACCCUUGCAAACUCUCUCGACUACCCUCCCGAAGAGGAGACAAAUGUAUCUUCUUGA